AUGGAACACCGCGUGGUAGAUGACGAGAGCGACGCUUACAGCGAGAGCGCCUUCUCAACCUCCACGUCUCCCGUCGUAUUCGACGAUGUCUCGGCAAACUCGACCGCGACAUGGGCGGGUGCGAGGGACGAAGCCCUCGCGCACAUCGAGAUAGCCGUCCUGGCCGUCAUCUUCGCCUUCACCGUCGCAGGCAACGGCUGCGUCCUCGCCGCUCUGGCGGCGCGCCGCUCAAAGUUGACGCGGAUGUACUACUUCCUGCUCCACCUGUGCAUCUCGGACCUGACCACCGCCUUCUUCACGGUGCUUCCCCAGCUAGGCUGGGACGCCACUUACCGCUUCCACGGCGGUGACCUCGCCUGCAAGACCGUCAAGUUCGGCCAGCUCCUGGGACCUUACCUCUCGUCCUACGUGCUAGUGGUGACCGCCAUGGACAGGUACCAGGCCAUCUGCUUUCCCCUGUCCAGCUGCUCCUGGACUCCGGCCAAGUCCAAGAUGCUCGUGUCGUUCGCCUGGGCCGUGUCGCUGCUGUGCUGCGUGCCGCAGGUGUUCAUCUUCAGCUACCAGGAGGUGUCCGCUGGCGUGUACGACUGCUGGGGCACUUUCGUCGAGCCCUGGGGCCUGCGCGCCUACGUCACCUGGUACAGCGUGUCGGUGUUCUUCGUACCCCUGCUGGUGCUGUGCUUCACAUACGUGUGCAUCUGCCGCUCCAUCUGGCGCAACCUGCGCCAGAAAAGGGAAAGCUCUAGGGCCGCGGACGGUACUGCCGCGACUGCGACCGUGGUCGUGGACGGGUCCACGCGAGCGGUUCGUCGCGCCUUUAGACUCAAAAGUACUGCCGCGGCGGGAAACAGAGACAGUGCCGUGGCGCCAUUCAUGGGUCCUCGCAGCCACUCGGUGCGCGGUCUGUCCCGCGCGAAGAUAAAGACAGUGAAAAUCACCGUCGUAGUCAUCGUGCUGUACAUUGCCUGCUCAUCGCCCUUCAUCUGCGUACAAAUGUGGAUGUACUGGAGCCCAUACGCCAACAUCGCCGAUCCGUGGACGAGUAAGUGA